GAGCUUGACAGUUGGCUGUGAGAAGUGAGAAUUAAUGGCGUCGUUAACACCGGGCGUUUUGCUGAAACUGUUGCAGCACAUGAACUCCGACGUGAAAGUGGCCGGAGAAUACAGGAGCGCCCUGUUACAGGUGACCGGCAUAGUUCCUGCACUGGCCGGAAAAGAGCUGUGGCCGAACCGCGGGUUUUACCUCAAAGUUUCGGAUUCUUCGCAGGCCACGUAUGUUUCAUUGGCGGAGGAGCAGGCUGACCUCAUUCUCACCGACAAAUUGCAGCUGGGGCAGUUCAUCCACGUUGCCAAGCUGGAGUCCGGGACUCCCUAUCCUGUCCUACGUGGCAUUCGGCCCAUUCCACGUCGGCAUCCCUUCGUGGGCAGCCCUGAGGACAUCCCUGUGUCUUGCGAUUCCCGGGCUGUUGACUUGGCAUUUUCGUUGGACGUUUCGUUUCGCAAGGAGUUGAGGAGAUCCGGCAGUGCCACGUCAGCGCCGUCUGUCGGUCUUCGGUCACCCUGUGUCUCCCAGAAACGCCAGUCCUGUGGUGACGACAGGUGUGGAGAUGGAAAUGGAGUCGGAGGUCGUGAGAUCGAAUCGUGUAAAGGGAGGUCUGUGAGCACUGGGAGUAAAAGGAGGCCCAGGAGCGUUGGAAGAGGGAGUGUUGCGAAUAAGGAGGUGGAGGCGAAGAGCCCGAGGCGAAGUUGGGAAGGAAUUCUAGGAUUUAAUAGAAAGCUUGGGGAGAAAGCAAUUAGCAAAUCUGCUUCUAUGGAUCCUCAACAUUUAUAUUUAUAUUUAUACUACCGCGAGCGCAGGGCCCAGCGUGGGUUCGAUCAGUGUCCUGAAGCACGUGCUUCCGAUCCCUAUCAAUUCAGACCCCAAUUAAUGGCGUCGUUAACACCGGGCGUUUUGCUGAAACUGUUGCAGCACAUGAACUCCGACGUGAAAGUGGCCGGAGAAUAUAGGAGCGCCCUGUUACAGGUGAUCGGAAUAGUUCCCGCACUGGCCGGAAAAGAGCUGUGGCCGAACCGCGGGUUUUACCUUAAAGUUUCGGAUUCUGCACAGGCCACGUAUGUUUCAUUGGCGGAGGAGCAGGCCGACCUCAUUCUCACAGACAAAUUGCAGCUCGGCCAGUUCAUCCACGUUGCCAAGCUGGAGUCCGGGACUCCCUAUCCUGUCCUACGUGGCGUUCGGCCCGUUCCACGUCGGCGUCCGUUCGUGGGUAGCCCCGAGGACAUCCCUGUGUCCUGCGAUUUCCCGGCUUUUGACUUGGCAUUUUCGUUGGACGUUUCGUUUCGCAAGGAGUUGAGGAGAUCCGGCAGUGCCACGUCAGCGCCGUCUGUCGGUCUUCGGUCACCCUGUAUCUCCCAGAAACGCCAGUCCUGUGGUGACGACAGGUGUGGGGAUGGAAAUGGAGAGGGAGGUCGUGGGAUCGAAUCCUGUAAGAGGUCUGUGAACACUGGAAGUAAGAGGAGGCCCAGGAGCGCUGGAGGACCAGGAGGAGGGAGUGUCGCGAAUAAGGAGGUGGAGGUGAAGAGCCUGCGACGAAGUUGGGAAGGAAUUCUAGGAUUUAAUAGAAAGCUUGGGGAGAAAGCGAUUAGCAAAUCUGCUUCUAUGGAUCCUAUUCCAAUGAAGAAAAAACUCUCUGGAAUAAGUGAACAAUCCCCCAAAACAUGUAACAUAGGCUCCUCACCAGUAAAGGUGAGAACUGGACAGGGACCUGCAAAUUUGGGAAGUACUAAUUCACCAUCCAAUCAGAAUUCUGCCUGCAAUAAGACUUGCUCUGAUGCAUCUAUUCCUUGUAAUCUAGUCAAGGCAUCUAUCCAUAACAAGAGGUUGACUGAUGGCAGUAUUGCAUGGGAUUCCCUCCCCUCAAGCUUUGUUGGAGCUGGAAAGGAAGUUCUGGAAAGAAGAGAUGCAGCUCUUUUGGCUGCAACAGAGGCCUUACAAGAAGCAUCAGCAGCAGAAAGUGUUGUUCGGUGUUUGAGCAUGUUUGCAGAAUUGUGUUCGUCAGCAAAGAAAGAUGAGCCUCAGCCUUCUGUGGAGCAAUUUUUAGAUCUCCAUGCCAGGGUGGGCAGAGCAUUGUCUGUGGCAGAUGACCUGGCAAAAAGUAAGAAUUUUGGAGAUGACAAAAGCAAUAUCACUUCAGCAGUGGAAGCUUGCAACCUUUCAUCAGAGGGAAGCAAGAGUGCAAAUUUAUGGAUCCGUGCAGCUUUAGCCACAGACUUGUCUUCCUUUACUCUUCUCAGAAAGCAGACCACAACUGCUGGCCACAAAGAAGCCGGUAAAGAAAACCCUGUUAACAAUCAACUCUUUCUUGUGCUUGACAAUUCUUCAAAAAUACUUGCAGUCAAAGCCCAGAAUUCUGAAUUAUCAUCAAAAAAGGUUUCUCCACCUAGCAAAUCUUUGGGUAGUCAUGACAAGAAGAAUUCACAUUCAAAUGAUUGUGAAGGUGGGCAGACAAAGGCUUCUAUGAAAGCUACUAGGAGAAGAAAUUCAAAUGAUAUCACUGGAAAAAAUGAUGGUGGGAGAAAUCUGAACAGGAAACGCCAAGAUCAACUUCAAAAGGAUCUGCCUCUUACAGAGUGGGUGAAAGGCAGAGGUUUGAAUGAAACUGCAGACUUGGCUAAACAGCUAAUGUGCAAAUCACAAAAAUGGUUCUUGAACUUCAUGGAGGAUGCCUUAGAUAGUGGUUUCCAAGCCAUAGAUGGUACUGAAAGUGGGGUGGAUAAUGAAGGAGCUAAAACUAGUGCACAGUCAGAAAACUGUCAAGUAGCAGGUAUGUUAUCACAGCUAAAAAGAGUGAAUGAUUGGCUAGAUGAGACUGGAUCUACAAAGGACCUUCCUGAUGGAAGAAAGCAAGAAGAAUUCAUAGAUCCAGAACUGGCCAUGAACUUGACUAGUAUAAGAAAGAAAAUAUAUGAGUUUCUUCUCCAGCAUGUGGAGUCAGCAGCAGCUGCACUUGGUAACCAAUCUGUUACACUCCAAAGCAAAGUAGCUAAUCUGAUGGUGGCAUGAAAUAAGAAUUGUUGCCUUCAAACUUGGGUUCUUUAACCAUGUUUCUUUUUUCAAAAGCCAUGAAUAAUUCUUUUGGCUUUCUUCAUUCUGAUGAUGGAUCACGGAGUGUGAUCCAAAAUGUUGAUGCAAAAAUCUUGAAUACAAUUGAAUCCAGCAACGACAUUCUGAUAUCAUAGAUUGUAGAAAUCUCCUACCACUAAUAUGUACAUGGCUUGUGGGAAGAUGUGGUAGCAGAGCAUACAUCUUUUGUAUUGUAGUUCCAUUCAAGCUGUAAAAAUGAUAUCAAGUUUCAACACAGUAUAAAUGAGUUGCAACAGAGAAGUAUAAAGGAUCUUUUCUCUGUUGUAAGAGAGGCAGAGAAUGUUUCGUACAGAGAAAUCUAAUGGACUGAACUGAAUUUCCCUUCUCGAGGGGAUCAGAUUCAUAUUUUUUGAAAAGGGAAAUUCAGUAGAUGAAUUUUUUUUUUUUUGGAAAAGGGUGAUCGUUGGAAUUUGCUGCUGUAACAGCAGUUCCAGAUAUAUGUAGUCUUUUCUAACACUAUUCCCUCAAGUUUUUCUUCGCAACUUUGAUGUCCUGUUUUUUAGGCCAUUACAUGGUCUUACAUCUUAUCUGGUACUCAUUUUCAAGACUUUCUUAAUUCUAAAUUUGCUUCUGAACUUUGGAAGAAA